AUGACAGCGUCUUGGCUUUUGUGGCUUAUCAUUCUCAUUGUAAAAGCAGCAAAUUCCCUGGCUGCAGAUGCUGAGGAGAGACUGGUUGAGUAUCUUCUGGGUCCUGAGCGCUAUAAUAAACUCAUACGACCGGCCGUUAACAAGAGUCAACAAGUCACCAUCGGGAUUAAAGUGUCUCUCGCACAGCUUAUCAGUGUGAAUGAGAGGGAACAAAUAAUGACAACAAAUGUAUGGCUCACUCAGGAGUGGAAUGACUACCGUUUAACGUGGAAUCCAGAUGACUACGAAGGCAUUAAAAAACUACGAAUCCCAUCACAGCAUAUUUGGCUUCCUGACAUCGUGCUUUACAACAAUGCUGAUGGUGUAUAUGAAGUGUCUUUCUACUGUAACGCGGUGGUCGCCAACACCGGCGACAUUUUCUGGCUUCCCCCGGCCAUCUACAAAAGCGCCUGUGCCAUAGAGGUCAAGAACUUCCCCUUCGAUCAGCAGAACUGCACGCUCAAGUUCCGCUCCUGGACCUACGACCACACGGAGCUGGACCUGGUCCUCACGUCCGACUACGCCAGCCGCGACGACUACACCCCCAGCGGCGAAUGGGACAUCGUCUCCCUGCCCGGACGCAAGAACGAAGACCCCAACGACAUCACCUACCUGGACGUGACGUACGACUUCGUCAUCAAACGCAAGCCGCUUUUCUACACCAUCAACCUCAUCAUUCCCUGUGUGCUCAUCACCUCCUUGGCCAUCCUGGUUUUUUACCUCCCUUCCGACUGCGGGGAGAAGAUGACCCUUUGUAUUUCCGUGCUCCUCGCCCUCACCGUCUUUCUCCUCCUUAUCUCGAAGAUCGUUCCGCCCACCUCCUUGGCCGUUCCGCUCAUCGGAAAGUACCUGAUGUUCACGAUGGUGCUGGUGACCUUCUCCAUCGUGACCAGCGUUUGCGUGCUCAACGUUCACCACCGUUCCCCGAGCACCCACCGCAUGCCCGAGUGGGUCAAACGCGUCUUCCUCCACCGCCUUCCCGUUUUCCUGCUCAUGCGACGCCCGGGGAGCUCCAACGUCCGGGAGAAGUUCCGCCGCAAGUACCACCGCAAGUCCUUCUCGUCGGAGGGCAAGCCCGGGCUCGGCGACGGCGAGGCGUUCUACGUCACCGAAGACCCGGGCCGGUCCUGUGGCGCCUGGAGGUUGUCCGACCUGCCCGAGGGGUCAGAGUUCAGGCAGAGGGUCAGGGUGAAGAGAGAUGCUGACGUAGACGAGGCGAUCGCCGGCGUGAGGUUCAUAGCCGAGCACAUGAAGACGGAGGAUGAUGAUGAAGGGAUCAUAGAGGACUGGAAGUACGUCGCUAUGGUAAUAGAUCGUCUUUUCCUGUGGAUCUUUAUCCUGGUGUGCGUGGUGGGAACGCUGGGCCUGUUUGUACAGCCUCUCUUCCAGAGCUACAACACACCCACAGCUGAAGACGAGUGA